UAAAUUCCAAUGAGUGUGAAAAUGUGUCAAGAAAAAGGGAAAUGUCAGAAGAAUCUGAAGCCAACACAGUGGAUUCUCUGGUACAUUUGCCAUUUGCUACUAUUGAUAUUAUAGAUGAAUGUGGAAUCACUGAUGUACCUCAGAUAAAUUUGGAGAGAAGUAAAGAAAAGGAAUGGAACAAUAAAGAUAAAAUAAAGAAGAGGAAAAAAAAGCAAAAAGAUGAUCAACCCAACUAUUUCCUAUCCGUUCCGAUCACCAACAAAGAGAUUACAAAAGAAAUUAAGAUCCUGCAAAAUGCAAUAAUACAACAAGAUCAGCGACUGGCCAAAGCAAUGAACAGUGAUGGUUCCUUUCAUGUUACCCUGCUAGUGAUGCAGUUAUUAAAUGAAGAUGAAAUAAACAUUGGUAUUGAUGCUCUUUUGGAAUUAAAACCAUUUGUGGAAGAAAUCCUCCAAGGAAAAACUUUGACUUUGCCCUUUGAAGGGGUUGACACUUUUGGAAAUCAUGUUGGAUUUGUGAAGCUGGCAGAAGGAGAUCACAUAAACACACUUUUGGAGAUAGCAGAUGCUGCAAAAAGGACAUUUCAAGAAAAAGGUAUCUUGGCAGGAGAAAGCAGACCUUUUAAGCCUCAUUUGACCUUCAUGAAAUUGUCCAAAGCACCAUGGCUCCGGAGGAAGGGAGUGAAAAAAAUAGACCCCAAAUUCUAUGAAAAAUUUAUCAGUCACAGAUUUGGAGAAGAAAUGGUACGUCGCAUAGAUCUUUGCUCCAUGCUGAAGAAAAAGCAAAGUAAUGGUUAUUAUCAUUGUGAGUCUUCAAUUGUGAUUGGUGAUAAGAAUGGAGGUGAGCCCGAUGAUGCUGAACUGGUAAGGCUCAGUAAGAGGCUCGUGGAGAAUGCGGUGCUCAAGGCUGUCCAGCAGUAUCUGGAAGAAACACAGAACAAAAACAAGCCAGGGGAUGGGAGCUCUGUGAAAACUGAAGAGGCUGAUAGGAAUGGCACUGACAGUGACAACAACAGGAAAUGAGACCCGAAGGCAGGCAGGCCCCCGCCACGCCGUGAGAAGCAUCCCCGCUCCCCUCUGCCGAGUCAAUGGACUAAAUUGCAUUUUGUGCUAUUUAAGUGUCUCUUGUCCAAUCUGUGGAGACUGCCUGAUACUUUUAUGAUCGAUGUGUUUGCAUUCCUG